UAGUGAAUAUUUACUAACCUUAAAUUUACACCUAAAAAUAUCAUGCCCCACAUAAGUCAUAAGAUAAUAAAAAUUUUCUAUAAACUAUUUAUUUAAUGUAUGAAAUAAAUUAAAAUGUCUGAAAAAGAAUUACAGGACGAAGAACGUGAAGUUCUUUUGUCUAUUUAUGAAGGUGAUGAAGCUUUUAAAGAACUAUCUGCAGAUACCUACCAAUAUAAGUAUGGAGAAACUGAUGACAUUAAAUCAUUUUUAGUAGAAAUUAAAUGGGGUCCCAAUUAUCCCAAUGAAGCACCAGCUGUUAACAUGGACACCUUUUACAAUAAACACUUAGUUGAUGAAGUAAAAAACAAUAUUAAACAAUGUAUUUUAUCAGAAGCUGAACAAUGGUUAGGUUCUGCAAUGACAUACACGCUUUUUGAAUGCAUAAAAGAAAAAAUAGACGAUUUAUUAAAACAACAGCCUGAUAAAUUAAUAACAUCCGAAGCAGAUAUAUCAGACAAUAUUGAAAAAAUAAAUAUUAAUGACAAUCAGGAAAUAAGUAAAAAACUUCCGAAAAAAGAACAAUUAAGUAAGGCUCAAAAGAGACGAGCUUGGGAUCGUAUGGAAGGUGGUAAAGGUGGAGAGCGGCCUCGUGGAUGGGAUUGGGUAGAUAUCGUAAAACAUUUAUCACAAACAGGUGGUAAAGAGUCUGAUAUUACGACUUCCACUUAAAAAUUAUAAUUUAUUGUUUAUUCAAUUUGUAAAGUAAUAAUUCUUUGUAUAAAAAAAAAAUCUAAUGAAAUGAAAUUUUUUAAAUUAUUUUUGAUAUCGCCAUUCUUCUAGUUGUAAUUGAUGCGUAUUCAUAUUCCAACCUAGGAAAAUAAUGAAAUAAAAUUUUAGUACACUAA